AUGCGUCAAACAAGUGUAAACAAAAAAAAGCCAUCAACAGAGCCUGAGUCUAUUGAACCAACACACGUUAUGUCUGCCCAAGUGCUACCCAAGAAACGAUCUAAAGGAGAUAAAAGAGUCAAUAGUCACCAUAUUCCAUCCUCUGGCCAUAUAAGUCAUCACAACUUCUCGCGACUGACACCACAACAACCACAACAACCAAAUCGCAUACUAUCGGGCAAUCAAAGUGGUAGUGCCAGUCGAAGAAUAAUACUGAAUAGAGUGAGCUCACACACAAGACAUGUUAGUCGUAGUUUGGCCCAAGAUGACCUAAGUAAUGAAUCGUUUGAAGAAGCUGGCAUUGGAUUCAAUGAGAAUAAACACCAAAUUUUAUCAAAUUUUGAAGAAUGGAUCAAAAUGUCCACCGAUAACAAGAUCAAUAUCAAAAACUCGUGGCAAUUUGCGUUGAUUGAUUAUUUCCAUGAUUUAAACGUUAUCAAAGAUGGUGAUCAUAUCAAUUUUCAACGUGCCUCAGCUACUUUGGAUGGAUGUAUAAAGAUUUACUCAAACAGAAUUGAUUCCGCCGCUACGGAAACCGGGAAGUUAUUGAGUGGGUUGGCCGCGAAGCAAAGCGAGAAAUCUAGAAAUGCUAAUUCGGCAGAUGAAGACGAAGAAGGAUUGGAUGAUGGCGAAAGACUUGCAUCGGAUAACGAAGAUGAAAAUGAGGAUGGAGCAAAAAAGAAGCGUAAAGUGAAUAAAGUUGUUGAGUCUACACUUGUGGACUUUGACACAAUAAGGAUUAAAAAAUUGGAUCAAGAGUUGGCCAUAGACCCCCUAUUCAAAAAAGCAUUGGCUGAAUUUGACGAAGGUGGUGCUAAAAGUCUCUUGUUGAAUACAUUGAGUAUUAAUGCCUCGGGAAGAGUUGUAUUUGAUGCAACUUCAACUCAAAAUGCUCAAGAUAAGGAGGUUGUUGAGACACAAGACUUGACGAAUGAUGAUGCUGAAGUUGACAUUUCCGAUUUAGGGAAGACCAUAUUUGAAGAUCACAUCCCCAUUGAGGAAAGGACAAUAUGCCCCUCUCUCGGUGAAUUUCGAUCGGCUUUAGAUGAUCUAAACAAAGCCAAGAGUAUACUCAAUGAUUUCAAUACUCGAAUGAAUGAUGUACAAGAAAAUGAAGCUGACCAAAAUGAUUUCGAUAUGGACAAUGAUUUUGGAUUUGAUGAUUUUGGCGAUCAAGAAGGAGAUGCCGAUACCGCUCCCUCAAAUGAUCACGAUCUUCUAAACCAUGUCAAUGCAAGUGUUUUGCAAAAAUUAUUUGAAGAGAAGUCUGAUCCAUAUAGUACUCAAACCAAAACCAAUACGGCAUUAUUGGAUGAAGAUUUGAUGAAUUAUUUUGAUGAGAAAUUGAAAAUAAGUUGGGCUGGUCCUGAGCAUUGGAAAGUAUCUGCUUUUAAAAAAGCAAACAAUAUUGAUCAAUUUGCCAAGGAGAAAAAACCAGACAUAACUGCACCUACAAAGAAGAAUAAGAAAACUGUUACAGCUAUUGAUUUUUUCAGUCUGGAAAAUGUCGAUGAGGAUCUACUAUUCAAACUGCAUAGAGAUCCUAAUUUCAUCAAUUUGAAAUCGAUAAACAUUUAUGAAAUUUACGAUGCUGAUACAUUUGAAGAAAUAAAGGAAAAGAAUUUAUUGCCUGAUGAUAUCAAGUUCACAUCCUCGAGGUUAGUCAGUUUGAUUCAAAAGCCAAAUACCCCGAUUAUGUAUUUCCCCAAGAAUCCUGUAGCGUAUGAUGACGCAACUGAACAAGCUAAAUUGACCGAUUCAAAUUUCUUUGCCGAGCAGUAUCAAGCUAGGGAGGCCCAAGAUGCUGAAAACACGGAUGACCGCGAAAGGCUAGCUCAUUCAUUCCAUCAAGCAGAAUAUGAAGAUUUCGAUAACGAUUACGAUGGCAUCGAUUUCAAUGAUGCAUUGGAAGAUGUACCUGAAAAUGGAGUUGCCGCCACCCACGAUUCAAAUUCAGUGGGCCCAGUAUCAGAAUCUCAAUUAAACUCACAGCCAGCUGGAGUCAUUGGUAAACGAAGGACCGAGUUUGUUAAUUUUUCACGUGUUGCCAAAAGAGUCGAUAUAAAACUCUUGAAAGAUAACAUAUGGAGAGCCAUUACAGAAGGGGUUGCGGCAUCGAAUUCAUCAUCUAAUGACAACAAUGGCAUAUCCCAACGAGAGAUCAAGUUCAAUGAAGUAAUCAAAAGAGUAAAGACAAUGUACUCACCGGAACAAGUUAAGGAACUUUCCACCAGUUUUUGUUUUAUUUGUGUUUUGCACUUGGCUAAUGAACAUGGUUUGACUAUUGAAGGCAAUGAAGGCAAUGAUAAUUUGACAAUCAUAGGGGUGUAA